AUGUUUUCUCCACUUCUGUGUUGCCUCAUCUUCCUCUUUCCCCUCUUUUCACUGGCCUAUGAAGGCCCUCGUGGGACUUCCUGCGAUGGAACCACUUACUACGCCCCUAAUUCGACCUUCCCUUCCAAUCUAGACACAGCUCUCCAGAUUCUUCAGAACACUACUGCCUCCAGCGGUUUCGCCACCACGACCUCCGGCAGCAUUAAUCAGACAGUGACAGCCCUCGCCCUGUGUCGUGCCACCAUAAACCCAUCAGAUUGCCAGCUAUGCAUCGAUGUUGCCACAUCGGGCAUUCGCAAUGUCUGUCCCAAUGGAACAGCGGCUCAGGUGUGA